UCCUGGACUGGGACAGCCCUGCAGCUCUGUCUCCUCCUCCCCUCGCCCCACCCCUUUGGUCUCUCAGUUUUUCUGGCUGGACAGGUUCAGAAGCUGGAGGCUGAGAAGCAGUUGGAGGUUCUGGUCCCGUGGGAGGAGGGAGCAGGACAAGUACCAGGGGCCCCUCCUACCAACCAGCAGUCAUGAGCCACUGUCCCAUGGCCCCUCCCAGCCGGGUCUUCCAGAUGUUCGGUGCCCUCCUGCUCCUGGCCGCCUCCCUGAGUGCUCAGAAUACAAGGUGGGACAGGCCCACCUGCACGGAGGGCGUGGUUUCCGUGUCCAGGGGUGGGCGAGCCGUGCUGGCCUGCAACAGCUCCAACCCCUUCGUCUACAUCACCAUCCGCCUGUGCACCCACGGCCAGAAUCAGACCAUCUUCGACAAGAAGACCCCGGGAAACUUCUCCAUGGGAGCCUGGCAACUCGAGGUGCGAGGGGGCUGGGCCCAGCUGGUGAUCCAGCCCACCCAGGAUGCCCACGCAGGGCUGUACCUGUGGCAUCUGCAGGGACUGCAGAGACAUAACAAAGAGACCAGGCUGAAUGUCUCAGAGCCCCAAGAGCACGAGCUAGAGCGGGGUCCCCUGCUGUCCAUGUCGCCAGAGCCCCAGGAGCACGAGCUAGAGUGGGGUCCCCUGCUGUCCAUGUCACCAGAACCCCGGCCUCCAGUGGGGGUGGUGGCGGCUGUCCUCUUUCUUGUCCUGGGCCUUGCUGGGAUCAUUGUGUUCACACAGUGCUGGCCACCAAGUUCCGGGAGAUUCUACCAGGGCUCUCGGGCAUUUGCAUCAGAGGCAAAACCUGUUGUUUCUGAGCCCAGGAGGUGUCUGACUGGGGAGCCCUGGGAAGCGGGUUCAACCCCUAUGGGCCUGACUGGAUGAAACCCUGAGCUAGAGCAUGGCUGAUGUGAACUCUCAGAGGAGCUCCAGGAAGGAAACCGUCAGCCCCAGUGUCCCUUCUAGUCUCCUGCAGGCUGAGCUUUGUGCCGGGGUCUGAGAGCUUUGUGCCCUUGCAGGAUAUUAAAGCUGACCUUGACCAGAUCUUCAGAUGCCCACAGUCACUUCCUGGCUCUGUAUCCAUACUUCUGUUACCCACCUGUUCCCCAAAGUCACUGGACCUGCCCUGCCCUAUCAAAAACCUACAGUUGUGAUUUGUACUUUCUGCCUGUAAAAGCCUAGUAAACCCCAGCCCACCAGAGGGCAGGGCCUGGCUUUCUUUGUUGUUGGGAGCCAGGUCCACUGGUGUAAAAUAAAGCUGUUCAGUGUUUCCAAA